AUGUCCGACCACCAGUACAAGUUCAAUGUGACCAUGACCUGCGGCGGCUGCUCCGGCGCCGUCGAGCGAAUCCUGAAGCGUCUGGAAGGCGUCAAAACCUUCGAUGUCAGCCUCGAGUCGCAGACUGCGAAUAUCACCACCGAACCUACUGUCUCGUACGAUACCGUGCUGGCCGCGAUCAAGAAGACUGGCAAGACGGUGAAUAGUGGCGAGGCUGAUGGACAGACUAUGAGCGUUUAA